CAUCAACUCCGGGUUGUGGCCCUUCCCCCAUCCUUGGUCUCCCUGCCAGGCGGAAUCGGAGACUCGCCUGGAUAGGAGGAAGGCUGCGAGGGGCGUCUGGCCUCGGUCGCCCUCUCACCUCUCCCCAUACCUCCACCUGGCGGUGCUGGUCAUACGCCUGCUGGUGUCGGGGGGAAGGACUUCGUUUCCUUGGCUAAAAUUUAGUCUUUCCCGAAUGUACUACCCCUCCCCUGCCUCGAAUCUCCCGAAGUGGAAUCCCUCUAUUGAGAUAUUAACGGAAAUUCUAGAAAAUACGUCAAUUCAGAAAGGUGAGGGUGAAGGAUAUGCUGAGACUUGGAGUGAUGAGGCAGGAAUCCCCAAGAAGGAAGACCACUUUGCACCAGGGUUACUGUCAUUUUGAUGUGGAAAUGACAAACCCCCCUCCCUCCCACGUUGUCAUCACGAAUCCAAGGACCCCUUUUGUUUCUCUGCACCACUUUCUGGGUGGCAUUAUGGCCCCCAAAGACAUAAUGACAAAUACUCAUGCUAAAUCCAUCCUCAAUUCAAUGAACUCCCUCAGGAAGAGCAAUACCCUCUGUGAUGUGACAUUGAGAGUAGAGCAGAAGGACUUCCCUGCCCAUCGGAUUGUGCUGGCUGCCUGUAGUGAUUACUUCUGUGCCAUGUUCACUAGUGAGCUUUCAGAGAAGGGCAAGCCUUAUGUUGACAUCCAAGGUUUGACUGCCUCUACUAUGGAAAUUUUAUUGGACUUUGUAUACACAGAAACAGUACAUGUGACGGUGGAGAAUGUACAAGAACUACUCCCUGCAGCCUGUCUGCUUCAGUUGAAAGGUGUGAAACAAGCCUGCUGCGAGUUCUUAGAAAGUCAGUUGGACCCUUCUAAUUGCCUGGGUAUUAGGGAUUUUGCUGAAACCCACAACUGUGUUGACCUGAUGCAAGCAGCUGAGGUUUUUAGCCAGAAGCAUUUUCCUGAAGUGGUACAGCAUGAAGAAUUCAUUCUUCUGAGUCAAGGAGAAGUGGAAAAGCUAAUCAAGUGUGAUGAAAUUCAGGUGGAUUCUGAAGAGCCGGUCUUCGAGGCUGUGAUCAACUGGGUGAAGCAUGCCAAGAAAGAGCGGGAAGAAUCCUUGCCUAACCUGCUGCAGUAUGUGCGGAUGCCCCUGCUAACCCCCAGGUAUAUCACAGAUGUAAUAGAUGCUGAGCCUUUCAUCCGCUGUAGUUUACAGUGCAGGGAUCUGGUUGAUGAAGCAAAGAAGUUUCAUCUGAGGCCUGAACUUCGGAGUCAAAUGCAGGGACCCCGGACAAGGGCUCGCCUAGUGUCCCUACAUGACCGGAUCUACGUCAUUGGUGGCUAUGAUGGCCGUUCCCGCCUUAGUUCAGUGGAANNNUAUGAUCCAAACAUUGACCAGUGGAGUAUGCUGGGAGAUAUGCAGACAGCCCGGGAAGGUGCCGGACUCGUAGUGGCCAGUGGAGUGAUCUACUGUCUAGGAGGAUAUGAUGGCUUGAAUAUCUUAAAUUCCGUUGAGAAAUACGACCCUCAUACAGGACAUUGGACUACUGUUACACCGAUGGCCACCAAGCGUUCUGGUGCAGGAGUAGCCCUGCUGAAUGACCAUAUUUAUGUGGUGGGGGGAUUUGAUGGUACAGCCCACCUUUCUUCCGUUGAAGCAUACAACAUUCGCACUGAUUCCUGGACAACUGUCACCAGUAUGACCACUCCACGAUGCUAUGUAGGGGCCACAGUGCUUCGGGGGAGACUCUAUGCAAUUGCAGGAUAUGAUGGUAAUUCCCUGCUAAGUAGUAUUGAAUGUUACGACCCUAUCAUCGACAGCUGGGAAGUCGUGACAUCCAUGGGAACCCAGCGCUGUGAUGCUGGUGUGUGUGUUCUCCGUGAGAAGUGACCAUUGUUGGAGCACCAUCCAGAACUAGUGACCAGUCUGGUGGACAGUUAGUGGGAGAAUCAAGAAUCCUUUCCAAAAUGUCUGUUUCUCAGUAUGUGCAUAGGGUGAUUACAGGCACCAGUGCAAUGAUGAUUGUACUUAUUUGACACAUAUUCCGCCUUGUCCUGGUUAUUGUUCCUGAGAAGGGUGGCCAGCAGGUACUCCAGGGAAAAGAAUGCAGAUUGAAUGGAUGUGAGAGACCAGAUCGCCUCUCCCACUGCCUUGGGGAGCACUUUCCUGUCGUUUCUAACUUACCACAUGCUCAGUGUACUGUAUGUAUGUUGUGCCUCAUAUGUUGCAGAGAACGAAGGUGAGUAUAGCCUACUAGAUGUGGGCAAUAUCCAACCUAGAUGAUUGGAAAGGUACCAGUUUAAGUAAACCUGGUAAAAUCCAAGUCUUUUUUUUUUUUCCCAAGAAAAGAUACCUUUUCUAAUCUACAGGUAGCUAGAGGCAACACAGUUCCAUUCUAGAGGAAAACAGAAGGGAGAGCCCCAUAAAACUUUGGGGACAAGGGAGAGAGACUCAUCUGACAUUUCUUGUCAGGGAUAGGGUUGGUAUAUCAGAAUUGAAGUUAGAAUAAGUGAAUCAACUGAAUUUGAUGGAAUGUGAGUGAACCUAGAACAGCACUGAAGUAUUACAUAACCUGGAAGACUGAGAAGGGUAUAUAUCAUUUGAAGGAUCUUUUUAUUUCCCCAAGGUCUUUCUAAAGUAGAAUGUUAUGCAUUUUAGCACUGGAGAUAACAGUGAACAAAUGUUGGGAUGAGACAAGAUGGCAUCAAUGUGGGAGUUCAGUAUAACUGGGGAUAAACUAGAAGUACCUGUGAUUCUACAGUCUUAUUCCCUGCCAGGGCUCAUCUAGCCAUGGCAAUGUUUGCCUUGAAUGGGGGUGAAAGCCUUUCUUUGUUGAAUCAAAUACUACUACACUGUUACACUUCCACACUAUUUAUUUGGGGAUGGGCUGGGAGUGACAGUAGCCCAGUAGUUUAGCUACCUGAUUACUGCCCAUUCUUUUAGGAGUACACUUCUGCCAAGGAGUGGUUUGUACUGCUGUGUUUGGUACAUUUAGUCUUUUUUCUGCUAUAAGUUUCCCUUAUCUGUCCUUUAGUGUAGAUUUUAUUCAUCACAGGACAGAAUAAUCAAGGACAACCAAAAUCCUUUUGUCAGUUUCAGUACCUCAGCUAUCAACAUUUCUGAGCUAUUAUUCAAUGUUGUCUAUGUCAUGGAGUGAAAUUCUUGUUUUAUGGGUAUUGGGAGUGUGGGAAUGUGAUAACCUAAACAACCUUUGCUCUGAAAUUCCAUUUUUCCCUUUUUCCCUGAAUCGUAUUGACCUACAGAGUUAAUUUCCUUUGUAUUUUUUUAAGAAAAUAUUAAAAAUCAACGGUCUCAAAUGC